UGUUUUAUUCUUCAAAAAUGAAAAUGAAAAGCUAAAUAAAUAGGCGAAUAGCAACAACUCCUUAUCCACACUUGAAAAUCCACCACACAAACAGAAAAAGAAAAAAAAAAAAAAAAGCUUUUCACGCAAACAACAACAACAAUGGCAUCUUCAAUCUCCAACCCUCUUUUCUCAACACCACUCUCUCUUUCCCCACUCCGCCCCCACGCGCCGCCGCACCAAUCUCUCACCUUCACCACCAAAGCCACCCCAGAAAGCUCCGAAAACCAACCCACACCCACAACAACAUCCGAACCCGAAUCCUUCGAAGACCGUCUCUCACAAGUCCGCCUACGUUACAAAAGCGGCACAGGAAAGAAAGCUGACGCACGGAAAAGCAAAAAAUCGGGUAAAAAACCCGGUGGGAGUUCCGGGUCCGGGGCAAACUUGUAUCUUCCGCCGGUGCCUUUGAAAGAACCGACGUCAGGUGGAGUGAAAGUGGAAUUCGGGUUUAGCCCGUAUUCGGAAAGGAUGAAUGGGCGGGUGGCGGCGCUUGGGUUGACGGCGUUGGUGUUGGUGGAACUAGCGACCGGUGAGAGUGUGAUCAAAUACCAUACGGCGUCGAUAAUAUUUAUACAAGUGUAUUUUGUGGCUGCUCUUACGGCUAUCUAUUGUAAAGUUGAAAAAGAGAAAGUCAGCAUUUGGCCGUCUUCGUAGGUGAUAUGGAUUUGCAUGGAUUCCGAUUGAUGGAUUUGCUUGCUUGUAUUUAAAAUAUAUAUUUUUGUGAUUUAUUUGUAAAGUAUUAAAGAGAUUCUUAACAAUGUGAAAGAAGUAACAAACAAUAAUGGAACAAGUUUUUAUUUUACAGUA